AUGGUUUUCACUCCACGCAAGCGCGCCGCGCCCACAGCAACGUUCGACAACACCUGGAACGAAACCAAUGCGGCAUUCCUCGAUCCGAAUGCUCUACAAGUUUCCAAAAUACCGCGAGGAUGGGAGAGGAAACAAGAAGUAAAGAGGGUGGGAGAGGGCAAGGAGAAGAAGAUCUGGCGCAGAUUCAAUCUCAGGUCGCGUGCCGACGACACACCACAGGAGGCAGAAGAUGAGGAGGAACGAGACGCGCGUUCAAGACCAGUUAAGAGGCGGCAGCACAUGAGCCCAAAAGCGAUGGAGAAAUCAACGAGCAAGCUUGGCGGCAAGAAGCGCGCGUUCAAGGCGACGCGCUGGGACCGCAGGAAGAGCGUUUUGCCAAGAAAGAGAGCGACCCAGACCGAGGACCCCGCGAUCGGCGCAAACGACGAAGUCGACAGUGAAGAGGAGGGAGAUAGUGCUCAAACCCUGGAACGCGAGGAUAGUAUCAACGAGACAGACACGAAUAUAAUCGAACAGACAGAAUUAUCAGAAGAUCUAUCUUCUACGUACGAAGACAGCUCGACCUUCACUUUCGCAGUAGACGCGCCGACAGCCGAAACCCUCGACUACGAGAUCACAGAUCGAGACCAAGAAGAAGAGAGAGCAGAGUCCACGCAAGACGCAACGCUUGCGAAGCUAUUCCGCUCGCCACUCAAGGAACAGUCGAAUGAUUUGAGCGCAACGCCGGAGAAGGUCGAAUACCCAGAGCUUCCUCUGAGCGAUAACUUAGAAGUUGGAGCGGAAACGGCUAUGACUGAGAUCGUAUCCACCGAAAGCAUCAGCGAUGUUGCAGAGGAGAUCACUACAGCAGAAAUGACCUCCGUGGGUGGAGAACCACAAGAGGAUGUUGAGAUCCAAGCUGAGGUGGUCAGCCAACAAGACGAACCGACGCGUGAAGAUACCGAGCCGAUGUCAGAGACACCCGAGACUGUGACAGAGCUCCAGUACCCAGCGUUGCCGUUAGAAGAUACCACAACUUCACCGCCACCAACGCUUGACGAAGAUGUUAGCGACGAAGAUGAGGAGGACGUGGAAUUAUCUGAGGUUGAGCUCGGUACAUCGACAGACGCAGUUCGGAAGGAAGAUGUACUCAACUCCCCUGAAGCGGCCGACCGUGAAGACGAGUUCACGGAAGCUUCCUUGCAGCUGAACAUAUUGCGGGAUUAUCAAGCAGCGCUCCAAGAACACAAUCUUGCGCCCACACCAGUUCAGUCAGAGUCCAACGAGCUUGAGCAAGAAGAAACGGACCAUGAUAUGCGGCCUGAGCAAGAACCAGCCUCCUUUGAGGCUCUUCAGUCUCCUGCACAGGACUUUGCCAUGGCCGACGCGCCUCACUCAGCAUCUAUAGACAUCGCCGAUGGAUUGACAUUCUCGUUCACACCCAGCAAACCACAGUCGCCUACCCCACGCAGACUACACUCGCCUCCGCCUCCACCACGUCCUGAGUCUGGACCUGACGAUGUCACAAUGACGGUUGCUAUCGAUGAUGACACCGCCAUUCUCAAGGACUUUCUCACCCGUGCUGCCGCAAGUAAGGCUGAGAAGGCCGCCGUCACUACACACAAGAGAGAAUCCCUACAGAACCGACGAGACUCAGAUAUCAUCAAACACGCCCUAGCCUCGCCCCGCAAGGUACUUGAAGAGAAGGACCCCAAUUCGCCCACGAAGCCGCACACCGAGUUGACGCUGGAUCUUUCGCAAACGCUCACAUUAGCCAAGCCAGAUGAAAAGCUUCCAUCACCUAUACCCGGCGCAACAGUGGCCGAGACCGCAGAAGAGAAGAGCGAACAAGGAUCAAGACGUUCUGCACGAGCAAAGAAGACAAGAUUGCCCACUCCCGCAUCAAUCGGACCAGCACCAGCACCCAAGAUCAACAUCCGCCGUGCCGACGGUAACGAAGUCGUCGUACUCAAGAAGGACGACGCCAAAGUCCUCGCCGACAUGACCCGGAACAACACGCGCAAGAACAAACAAGGCGCUUUCUGCGUCACCGUUCGACUAAUGAAGCUCGCCAUGGAUUACUCCACUCUCCCUCCCCUCGACGAUUCCACCAAAGAACUCAUCGUCGGCAAGAACGUCCGCUGGGACGAAACAUUAGCAUACUACCAAGAAAACCCCGAAACCCUCGCCAACGCCCUAGCAGACGCAGAGUCUCUAGCCACUCCAGACGAACUCGGCAUGUCAGACUGCACUCCCGAGCCCAAGAAGAAGAAAGAAAAGACCAGCAAGAACUCCACGCCUAAGAUACGCAGAGUACGUGGUCUGGGCACAGCGAAUGGUACACCUGGAAAGGGACUCCUGGCACCUUCUAGUCUCCUCCCUGAAGCUGUUCAAGAAGAAAAGGCUGCAACACAAGAGAAACAAUCAUCGAAGCCCAAAUCGACCAAAGUCAAGAAAAUGGCCGUUGCCUCCAACUCUUCUUCUUCUACCCCCAUAGCUACUCUCACGCCUACGUCAACAUCAACAUCCCUAAACAGCAGUCUCUCCUCCAGCACAACAGACACCAAACUUCCCUCUCUCGACGUAGCACCAGUAGGCGUCCAACGCAAGAGCCGGCUUGCUGCGCCGAAAAAGGUCGUUUUGCCACAGACACCUUCGUCUGCCAAGGCAGGCGAUAAGGAGAAUGUGAGUAGAGUGGGGAUGGGUGACGCGACGCCUAAGAAGGGGUUGAUGGCGCCCAAGGUGGUUAUUCCGCCCAGUGCAACGACGGCGGGUGUGGGGAUGGGGGUAGAGUCUGGAUUACCGAGACGGAGAGGAAGGAAGUAUUAG